AUGCCUCGGGUCGCUCAGGUGCCACGCGCAGGUGGCGCCUCGUCCAUCUCGGGGUCGCCAUUCAAAUCUCCCGUCAAAAUCCCCCUCAACGACGACGCGCAAGAAAAGGGUCAACGAAUGAACAACAGAAAGGCCCUUCAGGAGAAGCAGAUAAAUGAGAUCAAGAGAGCGGCCACCCCACGCAAGAGCCUCCGGCUAGAAGACUUUGAGAAUGCUUCACAAAGCCCCUAUCCCGGCACGCCUCGGGGCGCAAGAGUGCUGGAUGAUGGCGACGACCCCAUCAUGGUGGGAGGCGUCUCCGUGACGCCGAUGAAGCGCGUCCCCAUUCUGGCAAACUUCGAGGAGUGGAUGAAGAUGGCCACUGACAACAAGAUCAAUGCGACCAAUUCGUGGAAUUUUGCCCUCAUCGAUUACUUCCAUGAUAUGUCGCUGCUCAAGGAGGGCGAUGGUGUCAACUUCCAAAAAGCGAGCUGUACUCUUGAUGGCUGUGUCAAGAUCUACACCAAUCGAAUCGAUAGCGUAGCAACCGAGACGGGCAAGCUGUUGAGUGGCCUCGCAGACAGCAAUAACAAGAAGAAGGACCGCGACGCCGAAGAGGGGGCCGGCGAAGGUGAAGAGAGCGAGGAAGAGGUUGAUGCGGAUGGCAACGUCAAAAAGAAGACGAAGAAGAAGGUUCAGAGAUCAUCCGAAGCAACGCUUGCGCCAUCAUUCGCUUCGUUACAACUCAAAAAAUUCGAGCUUGAAUUCGCCGUCGAUCCACUCUUCAAAAAGGCCUCUGCCGACUUCGACGAGGGAGGCGCCAAAGGUCUAUUACUUAACCACCUAAUGAUUGACUCACAAGGCCGCAUUGUUUUUGACAGUAGCGAUGAUGCCGGCGAUGCAGAUAAGAGUAAGAAAGAGGACCAACUAGACGAAGACGAAGACCAAGCCGUGGAGGAUGGCGAAGGCGUCCAGCAAAGCCAUUUAGACCUUGAUCAGGACCACCAUAUGGAUAUAGACCAAGAUCAAGACCAAGUCCAAGAUCAGGACCAAGACCAAGAGCCGGAUGUUCCCGAGGUAGAGAUUGACGUUACAGCGCUCGGCCAGCGCUUCUUUCCUGACCUUGGCCUACUGGAUGAACUCGAUAUUUGCCCGUCCCUGAAGAGCUUCGAACUCGGAGAUCCCUCUGGAUCUAUCAACAUCCCUUUUUUGAAGGCUCCUGAAGACUGGAGGCACGACCAGGAUAAGCCCGGCGCCCCUGGCAAUAAAUCUGGCAUGUUCAUUGAUGAAGAUGCACCGGCUGGCUUUGAUGAUGAAGAUCUGGGCCUUGGCGACUUUGAUACACUCGGCGAUGUUGCUUUUGGCGAGGGUGGUGAAGCCUGGGCCCGCGAGGCUGCUCUUGAACCUCAAAUGCGUGUAUAUGACGCUGGAACAGAUGGCGGAGAAGGCGGGGAUGGGGAGGGCUUUGACGAGAACGGCGAAUAUAUUGUGUCCAUGGGCAACUCGCAAAAUGCAGACAAGAUGCAUCAAGACAUACUGAGUUUCUUUGACCAAGCAUUGCAAAAGAACUGGGCCAGCGCGGAGCAUUGGAGAAUUCGCAAGAUUAAAGACGUCAACAAGCCGUCAGGGGAGGCUAAGAAGCGCAAAGAAAAAGAGCCGUUUGAAAUCGACUUUUCUUCGCCUCUCAGCCCUAGCCAGUCCGACCUCAUUUAUACACAAGCCUCCAGCAAUUCAGCUGUCUGUUUACCCAAAAAGGACUGGAAGUCCAAGUCUCGAAACCUACUUCCUGACGACAAACAUUUUAGCUCAAAAUCCCUAUUGAAUCUCUUCCUCAAGCCCAGGGCUCGCCUAGCUCGAAAACGGCCAGGAUUUGGCUCACGCACAGGCGCGCAGGGUUAUGGCUCUCAAGACAGCCAGCCAGUGGGAGACUUGGAUGAAGCAUUCUGGGCGCAGCAGAAGGCGCCCGAGGACGCCGCCUUGCCUGAAGGCGAUUAUGACGCCAACUUCUUCCAAGACGACGAUGGUCUGCCAUUCCCCGGUGGCGAUGACCCAGAUGAUGAUGAUCUUGAGUUUUCAGACGCUCGAGAACAUCUUUCACCAGGAGCUGAGGGAGAUAUGGGCAUGACAGAAGGAGUGGGAAUGACCGCUAUGUUGAAUGGAGACACUAUGAACACAAUGGGCGCCUUUGGCACAACACUAGUGACUCAAACGCGCCGUGUGCGACCUGAAUAUGUUCAGUUUGCCAGGGUAGCAAAGAAGGUGGACGUAAGGCGACUCAAAGAAGAAAUCUGGAAAGGCAUGGGCCUAGAAGAGCUAGAGGAGUCCCCUGCACCACCGCCAAACUCAGAGGAAGAGACUACGCUCAAAUUCACCGAGGUGAUGAAUGGGCUGCAGUCAGUAUACCCCAAACCUGCUAUGGCAGACAUUUCCACCUCGUUUUGCUUCAUAUGUCUGCUUCAUUUGGCAAACGAGAAGGGACUUGUGAUUGAAAAUACAGAGGGGCUGAAUGAGUUGGAUAUUCGGAAAGACUGGACGGCUGAAAUCACAGAGGGCGCCGUAUAA